CAUCUUGUGGUCUCAUAAGCUUGUAUCACUAUAAAUCAUCUGCUUCAACUAUGUUUUCUCUAUUGGCCAAGCUUUUUGCCAUUGCUUUGGAUUGGAAUGCCCUACCAGGUCACAAAGUGAAGAUAAAAGAAGCUAUACCACAGAUCAGUGCACCAACCAAGGAAAAGACAUUCAUUGGCAAAAUUACCAAUAUUAACUCUGUUGAGGAAUAUGGCCUUAUUAAUAAAUCAGUAUACUUUAGCUUUGAUAAAGUGUAUGCAAAUCAAGUGCUAUCUGUUGGAGAUAUUGUUUUAGUUCGUGCUAGUCGCCAAGAAAUUUAUCAUGCUUGGGUUGCUUCUUUUGUUGAACUGCAAAAGAAUGUUUUACUGACUUGUAAUAGUACUCAAAAUAAAAUGAACAAAAUCACAGCAAAUAAGCAAGAGAAUAUGUUUCGCAUAGAGAACAUUGAACAGACAGUUGCAGAAUGUAAUGGGAGGCAUGGUAAACUAAAAGAUGGUUUUGAAUUUUUGGUAAGUGAUGGAGAGAUAGACUUUGUACCUGUAGUUGGAGAUAUUCUUUCUGCCACAGUCUGUUACAGUGAUGGUAGGAAGAAAGUUCAGUCUUGGAAACCAAAAGAAGUAAAGUGUGUAGAGGGAGAGGUAACUGCUUGUGAAAAUGAUUGUGGUAUCAUAAACGAUGAAAUAAUAUUCUUUCGUUCAUCAUGCCGCCGUAAAGUGCAUUUGUAUGUUGGACAAAAGGUAUCAGCCAUGAUUGCUUCCAGUGUACAAGGGCUUUUUAAGUGGCGAGCUUUUUCGCUAAGCACGUCUUCUAAUGAAGAAGUUGAAGAUGUAUCACGGAAACCAUGUUUAUCAAGUCGAGAAGGUGUUUGUAUUACUGAUCCAUUGAGUUUUGAAAAUGUGUAUUUAGGACAGGAAAAUGCUUUGGAUGUAACACUUCAGAAUGAUACUUUAACUGCAUUAAUAUUCUUAGGUUGUUAUUUUCAAAAUAAAAGCAGUAUAUUUUACUUAAGUAAAAAUUUUACUUCUGCGCAAGCUAUUCCUGAAAGUACUUGCAUAAAUAUGAUCAUACAUUGUAAAUCUGAAGUUAUUGGUCAACAUGAAGACACUUUGUUGUUUGAAUUUUCAAGUUUUAUUAUUAAACGCAAUGUUACUGUGAAUAUUGUAGAUCCCAUACAGCACAUACUGAAACCUACAGCUCCUUUCUCAUUUAAAAAGAAAUCUGAUAGCAAGAUGCUUGAUUGUGAAAGCUUAGUUAUUAUACCAGGAAGGAAACCUUACAAACCUAUCUCUCGUUUCAUGAACAAACUUCCCCCAAGUAAUAUACCAAAAAAUCUCUUAAAAGCUGUGCAAAAUAGAGAAGAUAUACAGCAUAUUGUUCCAUGGUUAUUUCAGGAUUUGAAAAUGCACAAUUAUGUGCGGAAGUUUCGUGCACUUCUUCAUCUUGAAGAAAUACAAGUACGCUCUGAUAUGAAAAAGUUUGAUCUAUGUGAAGCAGUCUUGCAAAGGAAAGGGGAAUUUCUUAGCCUAGAAGUUGUUGGCCUAGCUGAAGGUCGUCCUUCCUUGAUCAUUGGAGAUAAAGCAAUCCUUGUCCCACCUUACAGUCGCUCUAAUUUUGCUUUUGAAGGAUGUAUCCAUGAAGUGCAUUUAAAUGAAGUACUUCUGAAGUUUAGCGACUCUUUUCAUGACAGUUAUGAUGGGGAAAUGUUUGAUGUACGUUUUGAAUUGAACAGAACAAAUUUCAAGCGCUUGCAUCAAUGUGUGCACCACGUAUCUGAAAAUCAUGAGUAUGCAAUAUUUCCUGCAUACCUUAAACUGAAAGACUCACUUGUUCAAGUGACUUCCACUACUCAUCUCAAUAGUUCUAAGAAACGUCAGAAAACUGAACUUAAGCCUCUAGUUAGUAAAACAGUUCACUGGAAAAAUGACAAGCUUAAUUGGAAACAAAAAGAAGCUGUAUUACGAAUACUAGAAUGUCGUUGUAGGCCUUUGCCAUAUAUUAUAUUUGGACCACCUGGAACGGGAAAGACUGUUACAUUGGUUGAAGCUGUUCUUCAGGUAUAUGAGAAUAUUCCUGACUCAAAGAUUAUCAUAUGCACUCCUUCCAACAGUGCAGCUGAUCUUGUAGCUCAGCGCAUUUUAGAAAAAUGUAUGAUUGAUGUGAGUGAAAUGAUUCGUUUAAACAGCUAUCAAAGGCGUGUUGAAACAAUUCCAGAGUUUAUUAAACCUUAUUGCCAAGAUAAAGAUUCUGUAGAUUAUCUCACACAGUAUCGUAUAGUGAUUAGUACCUGCUCCACUGCUGGUUCAUUGUAUACAAUUGGAUUAUGCAAUGAUUUCUUCACUCAUGUGUUUAUAGAUGAGGCUGGGCAAUUAAUGGAACCAGAAAGUGCCAUUGCAUUAGGAUUUAUAGAUUCUCAAACUAAUGGCCAAGUCGUUAUGGCGGGAGAUCCACAGCAGUUAGGUCCUGUUCUGCGAUCAUCAUAUUCAAUUACAUAUGGCUUGCAAGUAUCAUAUCUUGAGAGACUCAUGAACACUGCUUUAUAUGCUAGAAAUGAGAAAGAAUAUGGACAAUUUGGUGGCUAUAAUCCAUUGCUUAUUACAAUGCUAGAAGAAAGUUAUCGAUCACAUCCAGAUAUUUUGCGCUUUCCUUCAGAUAUGUUUUAUUUUUCACAGGUUAUCUGCUGCUUCCCAUCAGGUACAAGCAAUAAACUUAGCAAUUGGGAUGAGCUUCCUACAAAAGGAUUUCCUAUUAUUUUUCAUGGUGUUAAGGGAGAGGAAUUCCGAGAAGAAAAUAGCCCUUCCUGGUUUAAUCCUACAGAAGUGGUUCAGGUUACAAAAUAUUUGCAAAAACUGUAUGACUUUGGUUUAAAUCCGGAUGAUGUAGGAAUCAUAGCUCCUUACAAAAAGCAAGUAGAAAAAAUCCGUUUGUUGCUAUCAGCAUUAAGUUUAGAUUUUUGCAAGAUUGGUUCUGUUGAAGAAUUUCAAGGUCAGGAGAGGAGAUCUAUUAUCAUAUCCACUGUAAGAUCAUCUGAUCAAUAUGUUGACUGUGAUAUUCUUUAUAAUUUAGGUUUUAUAAGCAAUCCAAAACGAUUAAAUGUUGCUAUUACUCGAUCACAAGAACUACUAAUUGUAGUAGGAAAUCCAUAUGUACUGUCAAAUGAUUUUUAUUGGCAUUCUUUUAUUCGAUAUUGUGUUGUGAAUGGAUGUUACACAGGCUGCGAGCUUCCAUUGUCCUUUGUACAAAAUAAGUCAUCGAAUAAUGUCUGAUAUUUUGUGUAAUGUAUUUGUUUUAUAAAUUUUAUGUUACGAUUAUUGUCAGAUCUGAAAAUAGAAUAAAUACAGUGGCCAGGCUAACAUCAGGAUGAUGCCUAUGGUUUGGCAAAUUAAAUCAGCUUACAAAAUGAGGUACAGAAAAAAUAACGUUUUUUGUUUAUAUUGCUGUUUUUUGGUAGCAGUCUGUGAGAAACAGAAGAUCAUUGGCUGUAAACCUCAUUUAUUUUUAAUCGAUAAUUUGAUAUUGCUUAUAUAUUCCAUAUAUGUACAAUUAAAUUAUGUGCUAUUGUGGAUUAAAAAACUCUUGAAUAUUGUGACAUCUGCUAUAAUUGUUGUUACCCAUCAUUUUCUUCUUCUUUUUGUAUUCUGUAUUGAAAUUUUUGUUUAUUCUGAUGUUCUGUAUUUGUAAUUUUCCCAUUAUUCCUCAGUAAACAAAUCUUAUUAAUCUGUAUUCAGUUCAUUGGUCGUUUACUGUAAUAAUAGAAAGUGUAAAUAAUUUCAAAUGAGCAUUUUGAUUGAUUUUGUGUAUUGUUCAUCUUUAGUGUAAAAUACUUUCAUAGCUUUUUUAAAAUAUUAAAAAUUUAAAUUUUUGCAUUCUAUAGCUUAAGUAGUUGCAUUUAUUUUUCUAGUCUGAUAAAAAUUCAAUCCAUUGAUAGUAAUUGUAUCUGAGCCAUUUUUCAUUUAACUUAAGGCAUCUGAGUUUAUGUCAAAAUAAUCCCAAACAUUUACCGACUUAAUCUGCUAUCUUUUAAUAUUUUAAUGGCAUGCAAAAUUGACUAAAUGUUUUAGAGAAGGAACCAUUUUCAUGUUAGUUUAUUUUAUAAAAAUGGUUUAAAUUUUUUAUUGUGGUAAAAUAUUUGUAAUGAUUUUCAUAUGAUUAAAGAGAUUAAAGAUUUGCA